AUGCGGCGGCGGCGCGCCGGCGGCAGGACCAUGGUUGAGCACGCCAGCAAGUUCGUGCUGGUGGUGGCGGGCUCGGUGUGCUUCAUGCUCAUCCUGUACCAGUACGCGGGCCCGGGGCUGAGCCUGGGCGCGCCCGGCGGCCGCGCGCCGCCCGACGACCUGGACCUCUUCCCCACGCCUGACCCGCACUACGAGAAAAAGUACUACUUCCCGGUGCGCGAACUGGAGCGCUCGCUGCACUUCGACAUGAAGGGUGACGACGUGAUCGUUUUCCUGCACAUCCAGAAGACAGGAGGCACCACCUUUGGCCGCCACCUCGUGCAGAACGUUCGCCUCGAGGUGCCCUGCGACUGCCGGCCAGGCCAAAAGAAGUGCACCUGCUACCGGCCCAACCGCCGCGAGACCUGGCUCUUCUCCCGCUUCUCCACUGGCUGGAGCUGCGGGCUGCACGCCGACUGGACCGAGCUCACCAACUGCGUGCCCGGCGUGCUAGAUCGCCGCGACCCCGCCGCGCUGCGCACCCCCAGGAAGUUCUACUACAUAACUCUGCUGCGAGACCCUGUGUCCCGCUACCUGAGCGAGUGGCGGCACGUGCAGCGGGGCGCCACCUGGAAGACGUCGCUGCACAUGUGCGACGGGCGCACACCGACGCCUGAGGAGCUGCCGCCCUGCUACGAGGGCACGGACUGGUCGGGCUGCACGCUGCAGGAGUUCAUGGACUGCCCCUACAACCUGGCCAAUAACCGCCAGGUGCGCAUGCUGGCCGACCUGAGCCUGGUGGGCUGCUACAACUUGUCCUUCAUCCCCGAGGGCAAGCGGGCCCAACUGCUGCUGGAAAGCGCCAAGAAGAACCUGCGUGGCAUGGCCUUCUUCGGCCUGACCGAGUUCCAGCGCAAGACGCAGUACCUGUUCGAGCGGACGUUCAACCUCAAGUUCAUCCGGCCCUUCAUGCAGUACAACAGCACGCGGGCGGGCGGCGUGGAGGUGGACGAGGACACCAUCCGGCGCAUUGAGGAGCUCAACGACCUGGACAUGCAGCUGUACGAUUAUGCCAAGGACCUCUUCCAGCAGCGCUACCAGUACAAGCGGCAGCUGGAGCGCAGGGAGCAGCGCCUCCGGAGCCGCGAGGAACGCCUGCUGCAUCGCGCCAAGGAGGCGCUGCCGCGGGAGGACGCGGAGGAGCCAGGCCGCGUGCCCACCGAGGACUACAUGAGCCACAUCAUUGAGAAGUGGUAGUGGCGGCUGCCCGCGGAGGCCUCUGGGGUGGGGGGGUGAAAUGGGACAGAUAGACCAACACACAGAGCCCACCCAGGACCGGCAGGGGAGAGUGCCCCAAACCUGCUCCGUGGGAGGUUGAUGCGGGAUGGGUGGGCUGGGGGUUCUCAACUGUCUCUCCCAGGACAGGGUUCCAAGGAGUCGGCCUGCGUAACCAGAGGAAAGAGAGUAGGUGGGCCCUAGGCACAGCCAGCCUCUGGGAGGAGGCUCACUGUUUUUCUGGCCCCGGUGUCACUGGCACAACGGAGAAGGUUUGAAGAAUAGGCACAGACCAUGGAGAGAGGCUUCCAGGCCAGGAGCGUGCCCCUCACCAACUAUGCACACAGUACUUGCUCUCAGCCCCUCUGUCACGGCCAGGCAUUGGGGAGCUCCUGGUUUACCCAUCUGCACCUGCCACAGCUCAGGGCCCUCCCUGUCUGAGGCAAAGAUGAACCCAGUCCCCAGGAAGCUUACUCCCCGCUCUGGUCCAUGAUCAGAACCCACAGCCCAGCUUGAGGCUUCAGGUCAGGGGCCAAAGCAGACCUCUAGGGCCCUGCAGUUCUCAGACUAGGGGAAGACACAUGGGGAAGGGGUACGGUGCACUACCCCCACCCAUAGCCAGAGUGGCAGCUCAGGCCUCCAGCUGGCCUUCGGGGGGUGAUCAUCCAGGCACACUAGUCUCAGAAAAGGAGGGGUGCCGCCUGCCCCGUUCCCCUUUUCUGGCAUGCUAGACCAUAGCGGGCUGCCCCCAGCCCCGUCACUGGGACGUUUGUUCAAGGGCUCAGAUCCUACUGCCCCCACAGCCCAGUGUUUGAAAGUACAAGCCAGCUUCUGUUUGCAGAACAUGGGACCACAGCUGCUGCCGGUGAGCCGUACCCAGGGCCAUAGUGGUAAGGAAAGGGGGCUCGGGCUCUGAUUCUCAGCUAGGGUUGGGAGCUCAGCACUAGGUGCACUCAGGCAUUUAGCCCUCUGCACCCAGCUCUCCUUGCAUUACCACCCCUACCCCACCCCCCAAGGCUGGCUAGCUCUGUCCCUAGCAGCCCCGCAGGCCGCAGUGGCCCUAUCAGAAGCCAUGUCACAUACCAGUUGUAAGCACUUGCCCUGUUUCCUAUCCCUCAUGUGCCCCAGGAGGCCAGGCUGGAGUCUCCUCCGUUGUGCUCUCACCCAAGUGUUAGUGCCCCAGCUCCCCCCGGAAAGCAGGUGUGUGCCCAGAGGCUGCAAGCUAUCACGGCAGGCUGUGGGCUCUACAGGCCACCUGGCCAGGGGAUGGAGGCUGUACCUUCAGGAAGAGCUGAGGUGUGGUCAGAUGAGGCUGCUACCCAGGCAGGAGUGGCUUUAAUCCUGGCUUGGAUGGCAUAAGGGCCAAUUCACCUUGGGGUCCAAGGGCAGUCAGCAGGCUAGGACAGGCCUGCCCAGGGCCAUCACCCAGGCCGGUGUGCCACACUGGGGAGGCAAAUGCUGAGGUGAUUUAGUGGUGUGGCUCUUUGAAAGGGAGGUUAGGGUCAGUGUAGGGGGUCUACUUUGAGGCUUCCCCCUGGGAGGAGAGUGACGCUUGUUCAGCAAAGCCUAGGGUCUUGCCCAAACCACAUAGGAUGCCUUUGCCUCCUGUCAGGAGGUGGGCACCUAGCCAGUGGCCUGGCUCAAGAUGGCCCUCCUUGUCACGGUCUUCGGUGUGUGCCAGGCUGAGCAUUGAAUCUGUUUUGUACAUAUUGGAAUACGUUUUAACUUAUGCCCUGCCCCAACUCAAACGCAAGCACGGGUCUCUUCUCGGUCUUCUUGCUGCAUUUAGAAAGCAGUCUCGUUUCAGGCCAGUGCUAGGCUGAGGUGCCUGGAGAUGGCAGUGGCUGGCAGUGCCCUCAGCCUGCCAAGUGUCCAGCCUGGCAUUUCCCACUCAGGCCACCUGCUUUGGGGAAAGGCUUCUUGUGCCUGCAGCAUCUCCUAGACUCCGAGGACUCUGCCUUUGCAGGGGCACUUCCCUGGGCUGAGGGGACAGAAGCAGACAUGCAGUGAGCUUACAUCUCGGUCACCAGAACCCUCAGACCUGCAGACAUCCCUUCUUAGAGGGGGAGCAGGGACAGCAGAAUCGUCUACGCAACAAUUAUGUGAACUUUUCGGGAACUGGAACUGUUUAACUUGAACCCAGGAGCGUUUAAAGCUUUAUUUAUUUAUAGCUUCUUCUUUAAAAAAAAAAAAAAAAGUGAUGAGAAGAAAAUUUUUGGGUUAUUCAUACAAAAAAGUUGAUGAUGGAAAAGCAAGUCAUAAUUAUCUAAUUGUUUUUGUCUAGGUCAAGAAUGAAUGUUAGCAGAUGAAAUAAACCCUGAAAAGGAG